AUGAGGCUGCUGAAGGCCUUCAUCUCAGUCGCCCUCGUGGCUGACGCUGCUCUUGCCAGCACUUGGUUCAGCAAGGCCGCUUAUAACAAGUGGCACGAAACUGAGCUCGAGCGAUGGCUGUCCGAUCACGACGUUCCGUAUCCCACGCCUGCCGACCGCAAGGAUCUCGAGAAACUGGUCCAGAAGAAUUGGGACAGCUAUGUCGUCUCUCCCUACCAGGAGUGGGACACCGACAAAUUGAGCGCCUUCCUCCAGCAGAAGGGCAUUGAGACCAAGGACGCUACCAAGGCUAAUAAGAACUCGCUCGUCGCUCAGGUACAGUCUGCGUGGUUCGAGACCGAGGACAAGGCACAGAACGCAUACAUCUCGAUCAAGGACUGGAUUCUGGACACAUGGACCGACAGCCAGCUCAAGGCUUUUUGUGAUCACCACGGCAUUCCUGUUCCCCAGCCUCGUAAGCGUGAUACCCUUCUCCAGAAGGCGCGCGAGGGCUAUGACACCGUCGCACAGAAGACUGGCGAGGCUGCUUCGUAUCCAGGAAACUGGCUGUACGAGUCUUGGACCGAGUCUGAUCUCAAGGAGUGGCUCGAUACCCAUGGAUUUCCUGCUCCUCAGCCGACCAACCGUGAUAAGCUCAUUGCUUCCGUUCGCCGCAACUCCCGCCUCGCUUACCUGAAGGCUCAAGAUGCUGCGGCCAGUGCAACGUCAAGUGCCCAGGCCGCCUAUUCUACUCUCACCGACAUGGUUAUCGAUGCCUGGAGCGAGUCUCAGCUGAAGGAGUUCGCUGACAAGAACGGCAUCAGUGUUCCUCAAGGUACCAAGGUUAAUGAGCUCCGUGCCCUUGUUCGCAAGCAUCGUGCAGAGCUUCUCGGCGACACUGUUUCAGGAACUGCUGCAUCUGCGUUCGGUGCUGCUACCUCCAAGGCCGGCAACGAGUAUGCGAAAGCAACCGACAGCGCUUCUUUGGCUGCCCAGGAGGCUUUCAAUGAAGCUGUGAACACUUGGUCUGAGAGUCGAUUGAAGAGCUAUCUCGAUGCUCGUGGAGUGCCUGUCCCACAAGCCUCCAAGACUGAUGAGCUCCGUGCCCUUGUUCGCAAACAUUCACACAAGGCAUCUACUGGCUGGAGCACAUGGACCUUCGACGAUUACUCAUAUGAGAACUUGAAGAACUAUCUUCUCAACACUGGAGACUCAUCCGCAAAGAAGGCUGCUAACAAGGCCGGUGCUACGCGCGACGAUCUCGUCAAGGCGGCUCAGUCUGCUUAUGCGUCUGCGUCUUCUGCGGGUGGUUCAAACUACGCUUCUGUGACAAGUUAUCUCUCCCAGGCCACAGACUCAGCCAAGAAGAGUACAUUUGACACCUGGAGCGAGAGCGAGCUGAAGUCUUACCUUGACAGCUAUGGAGUCCCUGUCCAUCAGGGAUCCACCAUAAACGAACUUCGAGCGUACGCACGCAAGCAGUCCACUUACUGGAAGUAUGGCACCUCGAGCCCCUCCGAGACCCUCUUGGCGAAGCUCAGCGAAAGCGCUCAAGCCAGCUGGCAGUGGGUACUGGAGCAGCUAAACAUCGGUGCCAACGCUGCUCAGAAGAAGGCCGAAGACGCUAAGGCGAAGGCGAAGGAGGAGCUGUAA